GUUAGAUUCUGAAGAACUCCGUGUGAAGACGGUGAAGCCCUCCCUUCUUGUAAAGCUGUACCUCUAUCAUGGUAUAACUAUCACAGUUGCAAGCAGAUUUCGCCACAUAGUGUAGUAUUGUGUCUCUAGAACAAUCCUGUCCGGAAAGACAAGUUGGGAUUCGGAACCUUCGGGAAGCUCUUUUUGCCAGCGGAAAAAGGGUCCCAAAUGGACUGAUGGGUCCGUAGCGACAACAAGACACGCCAACAAAUCAACUGAGACGAGCUCCACUUGAUAGAAGCCUUGCUGACAGAUCCAAUCGGCCUUUCGGAUAUAGACCUCCAUAGAUCACUACGAUACCAUCCCCGUUUGAAAACAGACUACUUGCCUACGUCCCGACACUACUCGACACUCCAACGCAUCCCUUCAAAAGCAGAUAUGUCCACCAUCCUCAUCACCGGCAGCUCUCGCGGCCUCGGCUUCGAGCUCGUCCAGCAAUUCGCCGCCCUUCUCCCUGAGAACGGCCUUAUCAUCGCCGCCGCCCGGAACAUCACUCCCGCGCUGGAGGAGGUCAUCGCGCGCGAGAAGGGCCGCGUGGCGUUCGUCGCGCUGGACAUCACCGACGAGGCCAGCGUCGUCCGGUCCGCGGAGGAGGUUCGGGGCGUAUUGGGGGAUCGGAAGCUCGAGAUCCUAGUCAAUUGCGCCGGAGUGAUUGGGGAGACGCAGGACAAGGCUGGGUUGGUCUCCUCGGCGGACCUCGAUUUUACGCUCUCGGUGAACGUGACGGGCACGCAUAAUGUCACCCGCUCGUACCUGCCGCUCAUGCAGGGUGCGCAGGUAAAAAAGGUUAUUAACAUCUCAAGCCAGUACGGCUCGAUGGCCCGCGCGCGCGCCACUGAUUACGCCAAAGUGCCGGCGUACAAGGUCAGCAAGGCGGCGCUGAAUGCGUUGACGGUGCAGUAUGCUCUGUCCUACGAGGCGGACGGGUUCGUGUUCAUGACGGUGCAUCCGGGGUGGCUACAAACCGAUAUGGGGGGCAGUGGGGCCGACCUUACCGUUUCCCAGGGAGCAAAGGCUGUGCUGGAGGUGAUUGUGGCGGCGGAUGAGAAGUCGAACGGGACGUUUAGGAAUAUUCAUGUGGAGGGCUCGGAGAUUUAUCGUGGGGAGGAGAUUCCUUGGUGAUUUCUGUUAGCAUCGUAUAGAGGGUAUGUUAGAUAGAGAUACAGAAGGCAUGAGCGCAGUUGAGAACUGUUUUGAUUGGGGGUACUUGAACAGUACUCCGUGAUCUUCCGGGAGUCCGAAUGUUUUAGGAAGGUGGGUCUCAGAGACAACUCGAAGC